ACAGGUGCCUCGAAGUGAUGACAGGUGAAAAGAUCGACUUGAACAAGCAGGACCGACAGGGCAACACUGCGCUACACAUAGCUGCAAAAUCAGGCUUUGAUAAAUUCGUGAAACAGAUCAUUGAAUUAGAGAGCAACAUCAACAUCAAAAACAAAGCAGGGAACACGCCGCUUAUGGAAGCCGCAACGAAAAAUCGUGCAAGUUGCCUGUUGAUGUUGUUGCACAAGGGAGCCAAGGUGGACGAAGUCAACAAGGCGAAGAGGAGUGUUCUGCACAUUGCCUCGGAUAGGAGAUCUGGCGAAUGCAUGGAGUAUAUUCUAAAAAUGGUAACAUGAAGAAGGUGAUUAACCUCCAGGAUAGCGAUGGCUGCACAGCACUCCACAUUGCAAUCAAGAGAGACUACGAGAAAUGCGCCCUCUUGCUCCUCGACGCAGGAGC